AAAGAAUAAGAAAAAGAAAUCAUACGACGACAAAGGAGAAGAAGGGGAAUCGAAGUAUCGUUCGGCGGGACACAUGACUUAAUCGGAUCAGUUCAGUUUCAACGUCUUAAGCGAGAAGGGAGCAUUGGUUUUAUUAUCGUCAGUAACAUGGAUUCAGCUUGGUUAAGAUAUCAAUUUACACAAGAAUCAUCGGUCAUAUCAGCAUGCAAUGGCAAUAAUCCAUUUCCAAGAAGACCAUGGCUUCAAAACGGUCCGGUUGCGGCUGCUGUCGGUGGAACUAGUAUCGGCCUCAAAGGAAUCAUAGCUGGUGGUAUUACUGGUGGUAUAGAAAUUUGUGUCACAUAUCCAACUGAAUAUGUAAAAACACAACUACAAUUGGAUGGUAAAAGUGGAGCUAGUAAACAAUACACAGGAAUAUGGGAUUGUGUAACAAAAACUGUAAAGACUCGUGGAUUCUUUGGAUUAUAUAGGGGUCUAUCUGUCCUUCUUUAUGGAUCUAUUCCAAAGUCAGCAGUACGUUUUGGUGCUUUUGAGUCAAUAAAGAAAAGAUUGGUUGAUGAUGAUAAAAAACUGAGUGCUCAAAGAAAACUUUUGUCAGGACUUUGCGCUGGUGUAUGUGAAGCUAUUCUUGUAGUGACUCCUAUGGAAACUGUCAAAGUAAAAUUUAUUAAUGAUCAAAGAUCGCCAAAUCCAAAAUAUAAAGGAUUUUUUCAUGGUAUAACAUUGAUAGUUAGAGAAUAUGGAUUUAAAGGAGUAUAUCAAGGUGUUGUGCCUACUAUUUUGAAACAAGGUUCUAAUCAAGCAAUUCGAUUUUUUGUAAUGGAAACAUUAAAAGACUGGUACAAAGGUGGUGAUGAUAAUAAAAAUGUUCCUAAAGUUAUUGUUGGUGUGUUUGGUGCCUGUGCUGGAGCAGCUUCAGUUUUUGGAAACACUCCUAUUGAUGUUGUAAAAACUAGAAUGCAAGGUUUGGAGGCAUCAAAAUAUAAAAGCAGUAUAGACUGUGUUAUCCAAGUUUGGAAAAAAGAAGGUCCAUUUGCUUUUUAUAAAGGCACUAUUCCAAGAUUAGGCAGAGUAUGUUUGGAUGUUGCUAUAACAUUCAUGAUUUAUGAUUCAUUUAUGGAUCUGUUUAAAAAGCUUUGGCCAUGAGAAAACUUAUAUUUAUAGAAUUUUUAUUUCUUUAUAUUAUUGUCAGUGAUAUUUCAUGUGAACCUCAUGAGCAUGUUUGCGUAAUACGUUCGUAUAGUAAUCAUUGAAUUUUCUUUUUUUACAGUAUAUUAAUUAUUGUACAGAGAUAUAUAGUUAUUUCGAUAUAUUUGUUUCAAUUAUAUUUUAGUAGAAGAAUUUUAAAAAAUCAGGAUAUCUACUGAAUUUACUGCACAAAAUACAUUUUAUAUAUAUAUGUAUAUAUAUG